GGAAACUUCAUCUAGGAUACGUUGGAAAAGGCCAGAACACGAGAACACGAGGGUCGUGCAGGAGAAAUGCCUUCGAUCCCCCACAAGUUCAUCUACAGCUGUAUGGUAGAAAGAUUGCCUUUUUGUCGCUCGUUGUUCUUUGUGUCGGAAUACUUUCUCGUGUGCCUUCACUGGCUCAUUGUCACUUCCAACGACCAUCAUGUCGGCUCCAGCGAAGCCAGAUAUGUCGGGCGUCGACCCAGGGCUACAACCAGCCCUCGUCGCCCUCUUGUACCUUUUCCCAGCGAUCGCAUUGGCCGUGCUCUUGGUCAGGUUCUGGAGAAAGUGGAAAGAUCAUCUACUAGGAGGGGAUGAUGCCCUGAUCGCAGUCGCGUGGAUCCUUACACUGGGCAACAGUAUCAUUGUCCACCUGUAUUCGGUAGCUAUGUACACUGGGUAUCAUGCUAAAGAUGUACCGUUCAAAUCUAUCGACAUGGUCUACGCCGCCAAGCUUCGAUACGCCUUGGGUCUGGAAUACAAUCCUUGUGUCUGCGUAGUCAAGGCUUCCUUCUUAUGGAGUCUGUACAAGCUUCGAUCGCAUAAUCCUUGGAUCAAACGGGCUAUCGUGGCCCUUCAAGUUAUCAAUGCAGUCUACAUGGUUUCAGCGACCGUCAUCGGCGCAGUUCCUUGCCUACCUGUAAAAAAGGCGUGGAAUCCACAUCUCCCCGGAAGCUGUUAUGAUCCGUACUUAUAUGUCAUUGGUAAUAUUUCCGUUGUGAUUAUCACGGAUUUCCUUGUUCUUCUAAUUCCAACAUGGAUAAUCUGGGAUUUGCAGAUGCCGAUAAAGCGCAAGAUUAUCACGAUAGCAUUUCUCUCCCUCGGUUUCAUCGUCAUCGCCAUCGGUAUAGCCCGCCUACUAUGGCUUCUUGGUGCCUUCAAAGGCAAGAGCAGCAGCUACAGUGUAGAGUCCGCUUACUCUGCCAUCGAGUCCAGUGUCGCUAUAAUAGGUGCUUGCGGCCCAACCAUCAAAUACAUCCUCAGCCGUUUCAUACCCUAUCUCCGCCCUUCGUUCGAGCGCUCAAGUUCGAAGAAGAGCUCCGGUAAUGCCUACGGAUACGGAAACCAAUCGAACGUCAAUUCUUCUAGGCGCGUUAGAAGUCAGUACAAUACUGGGAAUACUGGGUACGAUGACUUGGACCGCAUUAGUGCUACGAAUGAAGAUUACGAGAUGAAGAAUGAUUGGCGGUGGCAACAAGGGGCUGUAGGAAGAGAUGACGAUGCGAAGAGUGAUGAGCAGAUCAUCUCGGAUCCGAACCAGGGAAUCAUGAAGAGUGUCGAGUGGACAGUUGAUAGAGGGGCAGUUGCAGGGGAAUCGGCACAGGAUUCGCCGCGAGCGAGUAGACCUGCUGCAAGUCCUGCGCAUAUCGUUUGAAUGUUUUGUUUGCGGCGCAUAGGCAUGUAGUGCUUCGACGAGACGCAGGAAAGGUG